AAGUUGUUAGAUCAGUAUUCCAUCGGCUAUUAUAACCGGCUGUCGUCCGUAGUUUCGUUUAUCUCGUAUUGUUGUUUAGAGCAACAGACGAACGAUGAGGACGUUUGCUCUUUCAACAGCAUUCUGCAACACCAUGCAACUGUUGACGUUGUUGACGUUGUUGUUGUUUGCGGAAAGAUCGUCCAGCGAGGGUCAGAAGCUGUCGGCGAAACCAUUGAGUAUAUUAGCGUUUUUGCCUACCGAAGGUAAAAGUCAUUUCAUGGGAUUUAAGCCGUUACUUGAAACUCUCGUUUCCAGAGGUCAUAAUGUCACGCUUGUGGCACCAUUUGGGCUGGAUGGCGCCAAACGGCCGUAUCGUCACGUCAAAGUGGAGCAAACGUUAGGAGAUUUCGACAUGCUAAAAGUGGCGAAGUACGUGAACCUGGUGCCCACGCCAUUUCACUUGUGGUGGUUCGGGCCGCACAUCAGCGAGACAAGUCUGGACAAACCGUCUGUGGCCAACUUCAUCCGGAGCGACCGAUCGUCGUUUGACUUGGUGCUGUUCGAGAACUUCUACCACGAGUGUUUCGUGUCCAUCGGGCACAAAUACGGUGCCCCGGUGGUGCAGCUGCUGCCAUUCUCCGCCAACUCCAGGGUGUCGCAGUGGCACAGCAACCCUUACAACCCGGCCUACAUUCCGGACCUGACCAGUGCUUUCGGAUCGAACAUGACGUUCGCUCAGCGCACCAGCAACGCAGUGUCCGCGUUCUUCUACACCGCCGUCUCCCGGCUAGUGUACCUGCCCCGCCAGCGGGCCGUGGCCGACAAGCACUUUGUGUACCCGGGCCACGAGCGCCGUCCCGACCUCGUCGACAUGCUCCGGAACGUGUCGCUGACACUGGUCAACAGCCACCCGGUGCUCGGUUCAGCCGUGCCACUGGUACCCAGCUACGUGCACGUGGCUGGCAUGCACUGCGUGCCUGCCGGACCGUUGCCCGAAGACCUGAGACAAAUAAUGGAAAGUGCUAAAGAAGGUGUAGUAUACUUCAGUUUGGGAUCGGUGGUAAAAUCGUCCAAAAUGCCCAAGGAAACAGUUUCGCUAUUACUGUCGGAACUCUCGAAAAUCGAACAAACUGUCCUAUGGAAAUGGGAGGCUGAUGACAUACCUCAACUACCCAAGAACGUCGUCGUUCGAAAAUGGUUUCCCCAAAACGACAUCCUAGGUCAUAAAAACUGCAAGUUAUUCAUCACCCACGGCGGAGUACAGAGCACCACUGAGUCCAUCUACCACGGAGUGCCCAUGUUGGCCAUUCCCGUUUUUGGUGAUCAGCAGGGUAACUCACUGCGCGCUCAGUACCAAGGCAUAGCUAUACAAUUUCCGUACUUCGAAUUGACGCACGAGGCGUUUGGCAGUGCACUACACAAGCUCCUCAUUGAUCCGACGUACCGGGAAAAUGCCAAAAAAUCGUCGGCCAUGUUCAGAGACAACCCGCUACCACCGCUGGAAAAGGCUGUGUUUUGGGUCGAGUACGUUGCCAGGCACAACGGUGCGAAACACCUGCGGACUGCUGCCAACGACCUAUAUUGGUUCCAGUACAUGCUGUUGGACGUCCUGUUGCUGGUGUCGUUCGUGAUCGUAUUGAUGGCGUGGAUGACCAAAAAAAUGCUCGGCUGCGUGUUCGGCCGGUGUUGUCGCCGCGGCCGAAAUAUCGCCUCGCCGCCACCGGCGGGGAAAAAAACGCAGUGAUAAUAACAAACACCCCGAUCAUACAGUUGACUCUCGAAGUUCAAAGGAGGGGGGGCAAUAAAGGGUGAGAAAUCGAGUUGUUAAAAAUAUCGAGAUAUCAAAAACCGAUCAACCGUGUUAUAAUGGGGUUUGAAGGAUAUUAUUUUUAAUAUUCGAUGUAAUAUCGUUUCUACUGUAAAUUGUAUAACUAUUCGAUAUAUUUCGUCAAAAAUGUGAACGUCUUUUCAUUACAUAUUAUAUUAAUUCUACACUACAUUUACAUAAUGUUUUUACAAAUUAUAAUAGGUAUACAGUGUACACGAAUUGCGAUAACAAUAAUAUUAUACACCGUAAGGUUACAUACCUAAUUCCUAUAUACAAAAAUAAUUAAAUGCCAAGGUAAUAAAUACAUGUACGAUCUACCUA